AUGGAGGAGCAGCUGCUGCAGACGCACUGUGGAGAGAGCGGCAACAUGAGGGUUCUGCUGGUUCUUCUGCUGCUCUGGACUCUGGGCCUUAGCUCGACUCCUCCUCCUCCUCAGGACGUGGACAUAUUACGUUUAACUCAACAGUCAACAUGGAAGUCUCAUCCUGAAAAGGAGUAUGUUAUCCUCAGAAUGAGACUUGGUGCCAUGGGCCUGGUGCCAGUGCUGCAGGCCUGUGCCAGCUCGGCCAGGAGGACUGUCCUCAGUGAGUGGACAGAGCGAGGAGAGGCCAAACAUCUGUAUGUGGACAUCACAUUUGCUCAGGAGCAGGAGCCUCAGCCGGUCCCGCUGCAGGUGCACCUCCUGGACCACAUGUUCCCCAGCACACACACCUCAGAGCGCUGGAAAGUGUUGGAGCUCAAUGUGUCGCAACAGUUUCCUCCCACCACUCCCACGAGUGAACUGCCCUCGUACUUCAGCCCCCACAUGGGUCUGCCUCUGGGGGUGGUCCGAACGGCAGGCUUCCAGCUGGGACUGUCCUUCUCUGGGACCUGUGUGCUGGUGUCUGCUCUGAGAGUCUUCUACAGGAGGUGUUCACACAUGGUGCUGGACCUUAGCUCCUUCUCUGCAGCGGCUGGGGGCUCCACAGUGAGGGGCUCCUGUGUGCAAGGGGCCGUGGAGGUGGAGGGUCCUCUAGAAAGAACCUGCAGUGAGGGAGGAGUGUGGGGGCCACAGCAGGGACAGUGUGUGUGUGCAGCAGGGCACCAGCCUGCCGCUGACUCCUGCCAGGCCUGUGGAAUAGGAUUCUACCGCUGGGCCAAUGAGAGUGGUGGAUGUCAGAAGUGCCCUCCCCACAGUCAGACUCUCAGACUGGGAUCAGACUGGUGUGAGUGUGAGGAGGGCUUCAGCCGCCUCCCCUCUGACCCGCACGACCUCGGCUGUGCUCAGCCGCCCUCAGCUCCUGUAAACCUGACUGUCCAUCACUUUGACGACUCAGUGCUGAUUCUCACCUGGGAUCCUCCUCUGGACCACGGGGGCCGGCCGGAGAUGUCCUACCAUGUCCAGUGUGAGACACGGGGACAAUAUGGCACCCAGAGCUGUGAAGGAGUGCUUUACCUAAUGGGCGCUGACCCGACAUCUGUCAAUCUCACUGGACUGGACCCGUACCAGGACUACAGGCUGUCGGUGCAGGCCCAGAACGACAUAAGCAAAGUGCAGGGGGCCCCAUCCUCCUCCACUGCCUCUGUCAUUAUUCACAGAUGGAGAGCGCCCCCUGUGGUGACAGUGAGCGCUACACACACGACCAGAGAAGAGGCCCGUGUGACGUCACAGUCCCUGCAGCAGAGGGGCCAGUACGUGUCGGUCUCUGUGGGGGUCCUGUUUGGAGUCCUGCUUCUGUUAGUGGUCAUAUCAGUCUCAGUGUGUAUCCGCCAACGCAAGCUCAACACACUCAGACCGGAGCAGUAUUUGGGGCUGAGUCCCAUCAAUCCUGGGGUCUCAUACAGACGUACACAAGACACAGAGGUGACCCCUGACCCCGCCCACCAAGCAGAGAGUGUGAUGCAGUUGUUUGAGAGACUGGGAGUUGGACUCGCAGCUUCACUGAAGGACGUCCUGGUGGAGAGACGACAACUCACUCUGGGAAACCAACUCGGCAACGGAGAGUUUGGGGCAGUGUACGAGGCGGUCUUUACUCGAGCAGACGGUGAGAGCAUGAAAGUGGCUGUGAAAACGAUGAGAGUCGGAUUUCAUCGUCAGGAAGAGCUGAACGAGUUUCUGAGAGAGGCUGAGAUCAUGAAGAACUUCGACCAUGACAACGUCGUUCGACUUCUUGGAAUAAAACUGUGA